CCCCCCGGCACAAAGCUGCCGCUCGGAUGCUGCGCUCCCCGUAAAACAGCGCACAGCGAGCGAGGGGUCUCCAACAUGUAGAUCCAAAAUCUCGCAUCAGCCAAUGCUGUGGCACCUUCCACAUAUUUAUUAACGGCAGCAACAAUAAACAACCACAACAAUAACAACAAAUGCCGCUGGGUUUACACAUUUAUUUAUUAAUCGAAGCAGUCAUUCUAAUAUGAUCUCUCCAUCGCUCAGUCUUUCCUCUGCAUAAGCGGAACUCAGCGCGGGCGACUGCACUAUUUUAGGGACCUGCAUUUUUUAUCAACUACCAACAAACGACAGAUACCGUGCCGGGGACCCUUCAUCGUUGGAACAUCCAACUAUUCAAAUCCUGUUGUUUAUUUUAUUUUCAUUUCAGAUAAAUAGGCUACUGGAUUUUUUUUCUCGCCACCCCGAUAACGUCCUUGGACCAUGGCCUGGUUCCAGGUGAUCGUAACACACAACUGUUCGAAACCCUGACCCCUGACCCCUGACCUCUGACCUGUGACCUCUUUCUCCCUGACCUGCCCCCCAUCCCUCCUUCCAGUACCCGGAUGUCAGCCGUUCUCCUUUUCUCUGCUCCUCCCCCCUCCUCUGUCCAGCUAUCGAUGGAUUGGGACCACCCCCACACCUUUGUUUGAUGUGUGGGGGGGGGGACAAGGGAAAGAAAAGUUCGAUGAACAGUGAAAAGAGAAGGAAAGAGAGAGAAAGAGAAAGGAAAACUGGAGGAAGAAACAAAACCUAAACCCCAAAGAAACAGCGAUACGGUCUGACCGAAGCCGGAAGAGUGGAGGAAGAGGAGGAAACAGAGAAGUUCAAAAAGAUUCUCCUCCUGCCCCAUGUCCCCAAGAAAUAAUGUAAAAAAAAACUCAACGGGAAACAAAAUAGUUGUUGACAGAAAAUAAGCUAAGAAACCAGGAGAGAUUUCCACCAUGGGGGAUUUAACCAACAGUGCUGUGGAGUUCUGCCCCAAAAGCCAGAGAGGGGGCGGGGCUUCUGGUGCGGGGGCGGAGCCGAACCAUGGGGCGGCGUUCGGGGUCACCCUGGAUGAGCUGCGGGCGCUGAUGGAGCAGAGGGGCUCAGAGGCGCUGCAGAAGAUCCAGGAGACUUAUGGCGACACGGCAGGGCUGUGCAGACACCUCCGGACUUCUCCCAGCGAGGGUCUGUCCGAUAACCCAGCAGACCUGGAGAAGCGGGGGGAGGUGUUUGGGCAGAACUUCAUCCCCCCGAAGCAGCCCAAGACCUUCCUGCAGCUGGUGUGGGAAGCCCUGCAGGACGUAACGCUCAUCAUCCUGGAGAUCGCUGCCAUCAUCUCCCUCGGGCUGUCCUUCUACCAGCCCCCAGGGGAGGAGAGCGAAGGCUGUGGGAAAGGAAGUGCAGGAGCCGAGGACGAGGGCGAGGCCGAGGCGGGGUGGAUCGAGGGCGCGGCCAUCCUGCUGUCCGUCAUCUGCGUCGUCCUGGUGACGGCCUUCAACGACUGGAGCAAGGAGAAGCAGUUCCGCGGGCUGCAGAGCCGCAUCGAGCAGGAGCAGCGCUUCACCGUGGUGCGCAACGGCAGCGUCAUCCAGAUCCCCGUGGCCGAGAUCGUGGUGGGAGACGUGGCGCAGGUCAAAUACGGCGACCUCCUGCCAGCAGAUGGCAUACUGAUCCAGGGAAACGACCUGAAGAUCGACGAGAGCUCGCUGACCGGAGAGUCUGACCACGUGCGCAAGUCUGCCGACAAGGACCCCAUGCUGCUGUCCGGCACGCACGUGAUGGAGGGGUCAGGGAAGAUGCUGGUCACUGCUGUAGGAGUGAACUCUCAGACCGGAAUCAUCUUCACCCUGCUGGGAGCCGGAGAGGGAGAAGAGGAGAAGAAGGAAAAGAAAGAGGGCAGUAGUAUCACUUCUGCCCUUCCAGCUCCUGCAAUUGAGACAAAACAGAGACACGUCACCAAUGGAAAGCAGCAGGAUGGAUCAGUGGAAAACAGCCAGAACAAAGCCAAGAAGCAGGACGGGGCGGUUGCCAUGGAGAUGCAGCCGCUGAAGAGUGCAGAAGGUGGAGAGGUGGAGGAGAGAGAGAAGAAGAAAACAAACGUGCCCAAAAAGGAGAAGUCUGUGCUGCAGGGCAAACUCACCAAACUGGCCGUUCAGAUCGGGAAAGCAGGUCUGGUGAUGUCGGCCAUCACAGUGAUUAUCCUGGUGCUGUAUUUCGUGAUUGAGACCUUCGUGAUUGAAGGGCGUGUUUGGCUGACAGAGUGCACACCUGUGUAUGUGCAGUAUUUCGUCAAGUUCUUCAUCAUCGGUGUCACCGUGCUGGUGGUGGCUGUCCCUGAAGGUCUUCCUCUGGCAGUUACCAUCUCUCUGGCCUACUCUGUAAAGAAAAUGAUGAAGGACAACAACCUGGUGAGGCACCUGGACGCCUGCGAGACCAUGGGCAACGCCACGGCCAUCUGCUCCGACAAGACGGGCACCCUCACCACCAACCGCAUGACGGUGGUGCAGACGUACCUGGGCGACCAGCACUUCCGCGAGGUGCCCGACGCCGGCCAGGUCAACGCCAAGAUCCUGGAGCUGCUCGUCAGCGCCAUCGCCGUCAACAGCGCCUACACCUCCAAGAUCAUGCCCCCGGAGAAAGAGGGCGGUUUGCCCAAGCAGGUGGGCAACAAGACGGAGUGUUCCCUGCUGGGCUUCGUGCUCGACCUGGGGAGGGACUACGCGACCGUCAGGGAGCAGAUCCCCGAGGAGAAGCUGUACAAGGUCUACACCUUCAACUCCGUCCGCAAGUCCAUGAGCACCGUGCUGCAGCUGCCCGACCGGUCCUUCCGCCUCUACAGCAAGGGCGCCUCUGAGAUCCUGCUGAAGAAGUGCUCCUCCAUCUUGGCAUCCGGCGGCGAGCCUCGUGGCUUCCGGAACCGGGACCGAGAGGAGAUGGUGAAGAAGGUGAUCGAGCCCAUGGCGUGCGACGGCCUGCGGACCAUCUGCAUCGCGUACCGCGACCUCCCCGCCUGCCCCGAGCCCGACUGGGAAAACGAGGCCGAGAUCGUCAGCGACCUCAUCUGCAUCACCGUGGUCGGCAUAGAGGACCCCGUUCGGCCAGAGGUCCCGGAGGCCAUUCGGAAAUGCCAACGGGCAGGAAUCACCGUGCGCAUGGUCACAGGGGACAACAUCAACACGGCACGCGCCAUCGCCGCCAAGUGCGGCAUCAUACAGCCGGGAGACGACUUCCUGUGUCUGGAGGGGAAGGACUUCAACCGACGAAUCAGGAACGAGAAGGGAGAGAUCGAGCAGGAGAGGAUCGAUAAGAUCUGGCCCAAACUGCGAGUCCUGGCCCGAUCCUCCCCCACAGACAAGCACACCCUGGUGAAAGGCAUCAUCGACAGCACCAUCGUGGAGCAGCGCCAGGUGGUGGCAGUGACGGGAGACGGGACCAACGACGGACCGGCGUUGAAGAAGGCCGAUGUCGGCUUUGCCAUGGGCAUUGCAGGCACAGAUGUAGCGAAGGAGGCGUCUGACAUCAUCCUGACAGAUGAUAAUUUCUCCAGCAUCGUGAAGGCGGUGAUGUGGGGGAGGAACGUGUACGACAGCAUCUCCAAGUUCCUGCAGUUCCAGCUCACAGUCAACGUGGUGGCCGUGAUCGUGGCCUUCACCGGAGCCUGCAUCACGCAGGACUCCCCUCUGAAGGCGGUGCAGAUGCUAUGGGUGAACCUGAUCAUGGACACCUUCGCCUCUCUGGCUCUGGCCACAGAGCCGCCCACAGAGUCUCUGCUGCUGAGGAAGCCCUACGGCCGCAACAACCCCCUCAUCUCCCUCACCAUGAUGAAGAACAUCCUGGGCCACGCCGUCUACCAGCUCAUCAUCAUCUUCACCCUGCUGUUCGUGGGAGAGAAGAUCUUCGACAUCGACAGCGGACGCAACGCCCCUCUUCACUCCCCGCCCUCCGAGCACUACACCAUCAUCUUCAACACCUUCGUCCUCAUGCAGCUCUUCAACGAGAUCAACGCCCGCAAGAUCCACGGCGAGCGCAACGUCUUCGACGGGAUCUUCUCCAACCCCAUAUUCUGCUCCAUAGUGCUGGGGACCCUGAUUGUGCAGAUUGUGAUUGUCCAGUUUGGAGGGAAGCCUUUCAGCUGUGCUCCUCUCAGUAUGGCUCAGUGGCUCUGGUGUUUGUUUGUGGCCGUGGGAGAGCUGUUGUGGGGACAGGUGAUCUCCACGGUGCCUACCAGCCACCUGAAAUGCCUGAAGGAGGCGGGGCAUGGGCCGGGCACGGACGUGAUGACGGACGAGGAGAUGGCUGAGGAUGAGGAGGAAAUCGACCACGCUGAGAGGGAGCUUCGCCGGGGCCAGAUUCUCUGGUUCAGGGGCCUCAACCGCAUCCAGACGCAGAUGGAGGUAGUGAGUACCUUCAAGAGAAGCGGUUCGUUUCAGGGUGCCGUGCGUCGCCGCUCCUCGCUUCUCAGCCAGAUCCAUGACAUGCGGGUGGUGAAAGCCUUCCGUAGCUCUCUGUACGACGGCAUGGAGAAGCCCGAAUCCAAGAACUCCAUCCACGACUUCAUGGCGUACCCCGAGUUUCUCAUCAACGACAUCAUUCACAACAUCCCCCUGAUCGACGACACCGAUGUGGACGAGGAAUCGGAACUGUCCAAGCACAACCACAUCCACCUCGCCCUCCGCCACCCCCCGCACCCCCAGCCCCAGCCCCCGCCACCACAGCCCCCGCAGCCCUCGCAGCGCACUCGAGCCCCGCCCCGCCCGUACCGCCAGUACAGCCUUCCCCUCACCCCCAACCGCAACAACAACGCCAUCGACAGUGGCGUGUUCCUCACUCCUACAGACACCAGUAAGUCCCCUUCCUCCAGCCCCGGUACCCCAGUCCACAGCCUGGAGACCUCUCUAUAACUGCGCUGACCUGCGCAUGCGCAGCCUGGAGACCUCUCUAUGACUGCCCAUGCACAGCCUGCAGACCUCUCUAUGACUGCCCAUGCACAGCCUGCAGACCUCUCUAUGACUGCCCAUGCACAGCCUGGAGACCUCUCUGUGACUGUGCAGACCUGCGCAUGCACAGCCUGGAAACCUCUCUGACUGCGCAGACCUGCGCAUGCACAGCCUGAAGACCUCUCUGUGACUGCGCAGACCUGCGUACGCACAGCCUGGAGACCUCUCUGUUACUGCGCAGAUCUGCACAUGAACAGCCUGGAGACCUGUCUAUGACUGCUCAGACCUGCAUAUGCGCAGCCUGGAGACCUCUCUGUGACUGCGCAGAUCUGCGCAUGCACAGCCUGGAGACCUCUCUGUGACUGUGCAGACCUGUGCAUGCAGAGCCUGGAGACCUCUCUGUGAAUGGGCAGACCUGUGCAUGCAGAGCCUGGAGACCUCUCUGUGACUGCGGAGACCUGCGCAUGCACAGCCUGGAGACCUCUAUGACUGUGCAUACCUGCGCAUGCACAGCCUGGGGACCACUAUGACUGCGCAGACCUGCGCAUGCACAGCCUGGAGACCUCUAUGACUGCGCAGACCUGUGCAUGCACAGCCUGGAGAUCUGUCUAUGACUGCGCAGACCUGCGCAUGCACAGCCUGCAGAGCUCUCUAUGACUGUGCACACACAGAUUAUAUAACUGCGCGUAUGUAGAAUAGAGAACUCUAUGACUGCACAUGCACAGAACAGGAACCCUUCUGUAAUGGACGUUACACACCAUGGACAUCUUGAACUGCAAUUGAACACCAUUUUGAGGCACCAGUCUGUGUAUGAGGGCACUUGGAGACCUCCCUGUAAGUGUAAACACCAGGCACAUAGGGACCUCUCUAUGACUGAUUCCACCAAGCGGAGCUCUCUUUUCAGCUGCAAUGCCACAUGGCAGUGCCCUCUCGAACCGGUGCCACUCAUUCCAGAGGCUUCUCUGUAACUUUGGGGUGGGGGUGGGGGGGGGUUGAAGUGUGGGUGGAGCACAAAGGACAUGGAUGUACCGGAGAAUGACAUGGAAGAGGAGAAAGAAAAGAAAGGGAGGGGGGAGAAAGAGCUGAAGAUGAAGAAGAAGAAACAGCUCCAGUUGGUGACUUCGUCUGAAGCCUCAAACAAUCUUCCCCCUUCCACCCCCUCGCCCAUCAGCACCACUCUACUCCCCUCCCCGUUCUUCAGCCGCAUGGCCAUACAACCCCACCUUCAGCCCCCCCCCCCUCUACGAGAGACUGCUCUGGCCCUUGAUGGGGGCUUAAUCUGACAUGGUGAACUUUUGGAUGAGCAACACAGAGCAGCGUUUAAAGAAAAAGCAGGAAUGGACUAGAAUUGGACCGAAUUUGGACUGGAUUUGGACUUCUGACUUCAAUAAUGACAGACCUGGUAGAUAUAUAAUGGGGUCAAUUCAUUCUGCUAUUUAUUGAUAUUAUUAUUCAUAUUAUUAUUAUUCUCGUUGUUGUUCAGAUUAUUAUUACGGUUAUUCCUGCUAUAUUUACUGCGACAACUAUAACUAUAUUGCAGUUACCAAUGCUUUAAGGAUAAGCUUAAUCUGUCCACUUUUUUCAUUUCUGAAUUUGUUUUUUCCGUUAUUUCUGGUAUUUCUCUGUUUCCACGUCCUUUCCUCUCUCUUUCUGUGUGUUCGUCUUUGUGUAUGUCCUGAAAAACAGACAAAAAGAAACAAAAAAAACGUACAGUAAAAAAACGAACAAGGAAACAAUAAAAUUAAAUAUAAUAGUAAUAAUAUAGUGUGUCAGCUAAAACCAAUUUUAUUUAAAAAAGAAAAAUAAUUAAACAGACAUCACCGUUCAGCUUACUGCUUUAAUCCAGCUUUCCAUCUCAUUGACUCAUUUGGUCAUUUGUUUUUACCUCUUGUAAGUUUGGCCGGAAAAGCAGUAAUCAUUUAGGGUUACGUUGAAGCCAAUGUCAUUCAGAAAUAUUCAUUGAAGUGCUGUUCCUACGUCUGAAAAAUGUACUUGUAUAUAUAUAAUUUUAAUUAAUUAAUUAAUUGGUUGAUUAAUUGAUUGAUUGAUUAAUUAAUUAAUUACAAUUAUUUAUUUAUUUAUUUAUUUAUUUAUUUAUUUAUUUAUUUAUAAGAAUGGAAAAGGUUUAAACAAUGUAAGCAACUCGUCCCUGUCGAUCACUGUGUAGAACUCAGAUGUAUAAAAGCCAGUGCUUUGCACUUCUAACAUGGAUACAACCAUCUCUCAGCAAGUUUACUGCAGCCUGCACAGAACCAAACAUUUAAACGAAGGGAAGCCAAUGGUUCACUACGAAAUGCCAAGAGGCUGAGGCUGAGGUUGGAGGACGAUGAGGUUUUGUUCUGUUUUUUUUUUUCAGAUUGUGUAAGCUUAUCUGUGUUUUUCUUCAGCAUGUGCUCAGAAUCCCAGACUCACAUUCGAACCCGUGUUCCUACGUGUAAAAACAAGCUGCCGCCCAACAUCAGGAGAUAGCAAAAAACAGCAGUUUACAGAUGUUUUUUUAGGAAUGUUGGGAAAGGCUAUUGGCUGCGACUGCAGCCAACAGCACGUUACACCUAUCACUGCAUUACAGGACUACUACCCACAAGGCCGUGCUACGAUCUGCCAUGUGAAAUAGACUUUAAAUGUACAUAUAACAUACGCUCUCUCUUUGUCUGUUGUAAAAUACUUCCCCUGGUUUUAUGGUAAGUUCCUGUAAAUCAAGACAUUGAAGGAGAAUAAUUCAGGUCCUGGCUGGAUUUAUUAUAAUACUGCACUAUUUAAUGCUAAGCGAAGCAUGCGUUUAUUAACAUUCAGCUCCAUGAUAGCAUUGCUUGACAUAUCCUUGUCUACGGAUAGUUCGGUGUCACUUUCUCUCUCUUAACAUAAGCAGUAGAGAUUUUUACCCUCCACAUAUUAGCACUGUGUAUUGUAUUGUUGUAUGUCAAUGUUUCUGUCACCAUCAUAUCCACUUCCAGAGCUUGUAUUAUCCCCACUACCGCGUCUCCACCCCCCCCCCGGAGUCCUGCUGUAGCCCACCUCGCCACUCCCCCCGUAGAGCGCUCAGUCUGUGGCCGCAGAAGCACAGCGUCCUUCGCUUCCGGUUACCGGCUCGAUCGGGCGCUUCGUUUCGCUAUUCCCGCACGGCGGUUCGAGUUCGUUUCCGGCGACUGCUGAGCUCGUCAGAAUGCGUAAGGAUAAAAAACGAAAUAAAAUUAAAAAAAACAGUGACACCUGCUUAAGCUUGUUUACUGAAGUCGAGGACACUGCGCUCAUGGUGGUUAGACUGAAUGCCCCUCCCCCUCAGUUUGAUAUUUUCACUGGAAAAUGUUUUGUGUGUUUCAAGACUAUAAUCCUCAUAUGCGUAAACGAUGCAGACAAUCCUGUUACUGAUUGAUUUGUGAAAUGUUGCUUUCACACAUAUUUCACUGAUUUCAGCAGACACAUUUGAAUAAAGGCUGAUACUGAAUCCA